CUCGUGUCUCUUGGUACUCCCACUGAUUGCAUUCAGCAAAUACGGUUUUGGAGAAACACUCGCAAUGAGUCGCAUCUCAGCAUGGAAAAUGGGCGACUCCGAAUUGGAGAAGAAAGUGUUGGCCUUGAUACAAGCAACUAAAGAGCUCGCAAUGGAAAUCGCACAACUGAAGGUUGACAACGAGUACCUGUGGCACGACAACGAAAACCUCAGGCGUCGGUACAAAAACCAGAAGCUCGAGAACGAAAACCUGAGGAAUCAGUGCGGAAACCUGAAGCACGACAACGAGUACCUCAAGUACCAGCUCGAGCCGAUUUUGCGGGGAAGGAACGAGGGAGGAACCCAGGGCGCGGUGUCGGCGUUGAUGAGAACGAUCCGGGAGCAAAAGAAGGACGUCCAAAGACUGAAGGUCGACCACGAGCAGAUGCGGGACGAAAAGGAAAGCCUCGAGCAUCAGUAUGAAAGCCUGGAACGGGAGAGCGGGAUCCUCAGGGAUCGGUGCGAGAAGCUGGCGAUCGACCAAGAGGACGUCCGCGAUCGUCUCCAACCCGUCGUGCCGCAAGCAGAUGAAAACAUGUUGGAGGUAAAUGUGUCUGCUUUGAUUGCACAAGCUCAGGACAACGGGAACCGCAUCGCACAACUGAAGGCUGUGAACGAAACCCUGUGGCUCGAAAACAAGUAUCAGACGCUAAAAUUCGAAAACGUGAAGCACGACUACGAAAACUUGAGGCAUCAGUGCGAAAACUUGAAUCAUGCCAACGAGCAUCUCAAGUAUAAACUACAGCAAUACCUGCUGCCAAUCAUCCCCCCAACGUGCCAAACUCUGGCAGACCUGAGACAGGAGACGGGACCGUACCUUGUAGACCCUGAUGGGAUUCUCGUCGGGGAUCCACCCAUCCAAGUGCUUUGCGACAUGGAAUAUGAUCCAGUAUCUACGAUUGUUCUGCACGAUUCGAUGGAGGUAGACACGGAGAUAGACCAUUGUGCUGAUCCUGGCUGCUUCAGUCGGAACAUCACUUACGAGGCAUCCCUGAAACAGAUGGUGGCGCUGAUCGACCGAUCGCAGUCAUGUUACCAAGAAAUAGGAUACGACUGCGUUUCGGCGGCCCUGACUACUGGAGUUACGCAUAAUGUGUGGUGGGUCGACCGCCACGGAGAGCCGCAGUUCUACUGGCAUGGGUCAGAUCCAACAGAGCGCGUGUGCAUGUGCGGGCUGUCCGAGGAUUGCAUCGACCCCGACCUUCCUUGCAACUGCGAUUCGGAAAUGCCUAAACGGGAGUCAGACUUGGGAGUGAUCACCAACACGACUGCAUUGCCCAUCACUCAAUUACGAUUCGGAGGACUACAACACCCAGAAGUAACCAAUGACAAAUAUGGACUGGAAAGUGGUCACUUGAAGUUUGAGAACACAGUAUUUGCUCUGGUAACAAAAACUAAAGAGCUCUCGAAGGACAUCACUCGAUUGAAGGUUGACAACGCACACUUCUGGAAUGACAACGAAAUUCUAAGGAAUCAGUAUGAAAAACUGAAGCAAGAAAAUGAGAACCUCAGGCAGGGCCACAAGAACCUGAAGGAUCAAAACGACAACCUCAGGCAAGACCAUGAAAAUCUCAAGCACGAGUGCGAAAAUCUCAAGCACGAGUGCGAAAACCUCAAGCGCGACAGCGUAAGCCUCAAGCAAGACAAUGAAAUCUUCGAAUCUCAGCUACGGGAAUAUCAACGUGUGAGAGACGAGGAGACAAAGCUUCAGCAGAACAACGUAGAGGGAAGACUCCUAUAUCUGGAGGCUAUCGCAUUGCAAAUUGCGCCACAAACGUGCCAAACUCUGGCAGACCUCGGGGUGACGAAGGCAGGAAACUACUUCGUGGAUCCAGACGGAAUUCUUGUCGGCGAUCCACCGAUCCAAGUAUUCUGUGACAUGGAAACAGAUCCUGUAUCCACAAUUGUUCAGCAUGAUGCAAUGAAGACAGAUGCGGAGAUCGACAAUUGCGCUGAUCCAGGCUGCUUCAGUCGAAACAUCAAAUACAACGCGUCGCUGAAGCAAAUGGUGGCAUUGAUCGAUCAAUCGCAAUCAUGCAACCAACGAAUAAAAUACGACUGCCUUUCGGCACCCCUGAGAUCUGGAGACAUACAGCAUGCAUGGUGGGUUGACCGCCACGGCAAGUCACACUAUUAUUGGGAUGGAUCAAACGCAACAGAGCACGUCUGCAAAUGCGGACUCUCAAACUCCUGCGUUGACACCAACCUACCUUGCAACUGCGAUGCAGGUGCUCCCGGACGGGGAUCCGACUCGGGAGAGAUCACCAACGCAACAGCAUUGCCCAUCACUCAGCUCCGAUUUGGAGGACUAAAGUUUCAGAAUCAAAAAGCGAAUUACACUCUGGGCGGAUUGAUCUGCAAGGGCAAACCUUCUCCUGGCAAAAGUGCCAAAGGUAAAGCUCCACAGCCGCAACAACCAUCAGGAUCCUGUUCAUCUCUGCGCCAAAGUGGAAACGGUUAUACGGGAUAUCAUUUGAUCAGGAGGAAAGAAGGGCGAUUAGAUGUAGUCUUCUGCAGAAUGGAUUUGGAAGAGACCGACCCUGAGUUUCAGAUUGAGACAGAUGCCCGUAUCGCCGAGAAAGCAGUUUACUUUGAUGCAUUUGGUAAAUCAUCAAGAGUCGGUGAAACCACUGGCCCAAUUUCAUUCGAAGGGACAGAAGUAAACAUGGGGAAUGCAAUGGAACCGAAAGGCGGGGUUUUCACGGUACCUCUGGAUGGGAUUUAUGCAUUCCAUUUUCAUUACUAUGCUCAAAACUAUACAGCCGCGAUAAAUCUGAGACUAAAUGGGGAUGCUCGAGGACAUUUGCGAUCUUCAGGAAACGACCACAAGAUUCCUGGACAGUCCAUUCUUCUUCACCUGAAGAGAGGCGACAAAGUGGAUGCGUACUUAGCAUUAGGAACAAUACAUACUGACCCGCAUCGUUAUGUACACUUUGUUGGGUAUUUGUUGUAUCCCAUGUAA